AUCUCAUUUGACACUCACGUAAAGGUUUUAGAAACUCUAAAGUAAUGCAAUUUUCCUUUAUUUGUCUAUGGGUUUAGACCUCAAUUGAUGAGUUGUACAAGAAUAUAAUUGUAAUGUAUAGUUAAGCGACUAGCUCGAAUCAGUCCUCAAUUGUUUUCUAUCACUUCCUGUUGGCUGGUGUGGUGGGGGGUUUGUAUAGUGGAUCUCAAAUUUCUCGGAUGGCUCAAAUUAACGGUUUUGUUCUUCCCUGCGCGCUAGAAACAUAUACCUUACCGUGGCAAAGCAUUUGCCCAUGGUCUCGUAGACUUCGCUAAAUGUCGGCUCGCUCAAAGGAACCCAAACACAAUGACUCACUUGAAGCGCUAUACAAUGUUUUGUGAUAACCACUCAAAUUCAAGUGGUAUUGUUAGCUAUAUAUCAACACGAUAACUUGACCGAGGCCGCUGUGUGUAUUGCCGUAAGAUCUAAACCCGUUAAAUGGGCCGUCAUAAAAUGACAAGGCGCGAAAAAAUCAUUACCUCGUAUCAACUGACCUCAAACAAAGACUAGUAUCUAUCAAUGCAAUGCUCGCGUGUCGCUGCGUACUCUACAUUCCAAGCUAAUGUCAUGUUUAGGCAUGAAUUAUACAAUUAUGGUAUCAUGUUUGUAGUCUUUUAUUGACGGUCCAUGUUAUGUGGUCUUUCGUUGUGAAGAGUUCUUCCUGCAUCUCGUAAAUCAGCGGACAAUUAAGAUUGCUAAAAAUGAUAAAAGAUCCUUGCCAGUCCAUAUUGUGACAGGACUGUUUCAGACAGGCCAAUAAACAUGUCGUUAUAUCUAUACCCUUCGACACCUCUCGUCUAGAGUGAGAAUUCUUCUGUUAACAGAUCGUUCAACGGUCUCAAUGUUGUUUUUGCAACUUGAUUGGGGGAUCGCUUAGAAGCUCAUCCAACACUCCCUGGAUCAAGUCGGCCACCACAGGGGGGUAGUCGGGUAAAAACGGGCAAUUAGAUGUCUUUAGUCGAGAAUACCCUACCCUCCCUCCCCAAUAAUAACCAGUUCUUAUACCAACGGUAAAUAUUUGAGAAUCGACAUAAAUUACACAUCUUUACUUGUGAGCAAAUAUUGACAAAGGGGCGAUAAUCCUAUUUGCGCUCUCUGUCAAGAAGGCCGAGAUUACGAAGUUUAUCACGACUGACGAACUCAGGUCUUGACGGCAAAGAUCUUCUCAAGAGCCUUUUCCCCUAAUUGCAAAUAAGUUUGUCUUCCGAAGGGAAACUAUUAUGGAAACACUAACAAUUGAUUGGCUUUGAUAGGGCCAAGGAGCCUUCAAAUAUUUAUCGAAGCUAACGCCCGCGGGCUAUAAGGAGUUGAUUGGAUGUCAAACUAUCAACAAGCCGAUGAUGUCAAUCAAAGGGCAUAGAAGCCGAGUUACAAUAGAACGAGCCAUCACGCUGGGACCACAACAUAGCGCAGUACAGAUGCUUUGGAGGACUGCAAGGCGGUUUUCACCGAGAACACAGCACGUCCAAGGUUCCCAGUCAAACAUCAAGCUCCCUAGCCAGGACCCCGUGAUCUACGUGCUCUCACUUCGUCAGCAUUUCACGUUUGUAAUAGCAAAUGGUGUGAACUAUUUUUUUUGUGUCACGACACUCACCGGUUUAUCACCAACACUCUACGGCAAAGGAAGUGUGAAAUAGACAAAGAGCGGAUUCUAGUUAUCUAUUGAAGUUUCCACAGCGCUCUCACGCUACUGCAAAUUCCGACAUCACGACAGUGGAGUCCUCCUGUGGGUCAGUGUGAUGAGUUCGACCCAAGAAUCCUACAGUAGUAAUUCUACGAGCUCCCACUAUCCCUAUAGCACGGGACAGAACUCACGGCCGGCUCGCCCCUCGUCGCACGAUUACAUCUACCCAGGACAAGACGCUUACACCAGCGGUUCUACCUCGGCCCUGCGAACAUCAAACGCGGGGUUAACAUUAACCGAAAGCACAAACCCUCGUGGAGCGACGGUGCCGAGACAUCACAACAUGUUUCACGGCCCCGUCGUACACCCGUUGCAUCCGAACCACUACAGCAGUCUACAAGAGCCCCACAGGGAUGGUGGCAACGGAUCCCCGCAUGGAUUCUUCUCAGUCGCACACGCUCAUGAUCCCCCUGCACACUACCCUCAGAACGCAAGCUCGUUAAGCCAAGCUUACCGCUUCAGCAAGGGGCUUGAAAUCUAUGGCCGUCCCGACCCGGACAAGCUUGACCAUUCGCAGUUUACGAGUCCAUUUGGACCGCCGCGCUACGAGUACAUGCAACAUCCAGGGCUUGCAAUGCCGCCUGGAUUCCUUCGACAGCCUUUGAGUCAUGUUGUUAUGUGCGAAUGGAUCGAACCUGGAAGCAAAGGUAAGCCAUGUGGACGGCAGUUCUUUCGAAUGCACGAUAUUGUGGCACAUCUAUCCGAAGACCACGUCGGUGGGCCAGAAAGCACCACACAUGUUUGCUACUGGAAGGACUGCGCACGAAACGGACUCCCUUUCAAAGCCAAGUAUAAGUUGAUUAACCACAUCAGAGUUCACACAGGAGAAAAGCCAUUUGCCUGCCCUUUUCCUGGAUGCGGUAAACUUUUCGCGCGCUCCGAGAACUUGAAAAUUCACAAACGGACACAUACCGGCGAAAAGCCUUUCAUUUGUGAGUUCCCGGGAUGUGAUCGCAGGUUCGCGAAUUCUAGCGAUCGCAAAAAGCACUCACACGUCCACACUUCGGACAAGCCUUAUAUCUGUAAGGUGGAUGGAUGUAACAAGAGUUACACACACCCAAGCUCGCUUCGAAAACAUAUGAAACUCCACUCGAAGCCAUCCGACUCCGGGGUGGGAAGUCCUAGUGAUGAUGGCGGCUCCAGCGCAAAGACUUCGCCUAAUUUCCCCUCAGCGUCAACAUACCCACCGAUGUCUGAAUGGUUCAACAGAAUUCCCGGCUCGACGCACCACGAUCACUUUCACAUGGAGAGCUCGAGCUCUCUAGCGCCAGGCCAGCCGGCGCUCGCUUCAUACUAAGUAACAGUGACUCGACGAAUAACCAAAAACACAACACCAGGCACGCCAGGGUUGCUCGGUAUUACACGGUCGUGUAACGCAAAGCCGAGAGUUCCUUUGCUAAAGCUUGAGUUUGAACUCCGGGUGAACGGGCUAUACGGAUAUAGGAAUCCCCAGUCAUCGUGUUUCUAGGAUCCUAAGAACGCGUCAAAAAGGCGCCGGUAUGUCUGAUAACUAGCCCAGGAAGGAAUUAUAGCAGAACUUAUAGUGCGAGUUACGGCUCACUCUUGUGCUUCAACGAAAAAAAAACAAUUAUUACUGGCCUCUGCGCCACAAUAUUCGCAAUUUAUGAACUAUACAAGCAUAUAAUAUUCACCCGAGAAAUCAGUAAAUAGAAAAAUGAAUGGAAUAUCGGGCCGAUGAUCGUUUUAAGUUGUCGUUAUUAUGCCAUACGCGGACUCAAGGAGGCGCCAAGUUCCACAGAGUCGAAAAUAGAAACAUUCCCCACACUGGAUACUAAUAUCGUAUUUUUCUAAUUUCCCUAUACUUGGUUGAAAACCCAAAAAUGUAUUUGUAAAUAGUUGUAUUCUAGCAAAAGCGUACACCUGCUUAUGGGGCAAGAAAAUAUUAACUAUUCGAAUCUACAGAAGCUAUAGAAAGAAAACAGCAAACAAUGUAUUCACGAGCGUUCGUAUUUUAUCAGUUUCCCUUUCUUGAUAAUCAUUACAAACUUGACACUGUGUAUUUUACUUAAUGGUGAAACUUAGCAGUUUUCUUCAGAAAAACAAAAUACAUCGGUAUUAUUUAAAAUGUGUUUUUCGUUUUGACAAGACCGCCAUAUUCGCAAAUGCUAGAGAAGAUUUGAGGAGGGAGGUUUGGUUCUGUUAUCAACGUUUAAAAGCGUUCUUGGCAUCUUUGUACUAUAUAUUUUGUCAACAUUUUUCUGUGCUAACUAUUUUAGUUUGUAAUAGUUUUAGUAAUAUUUAAUUUUUUUUUUAUUAAGAAAUGGUCUUGUCAGGAAGUUUUGAGCUCUUCGCGAGCAGUUCACAUUUGAAAGGUCCGAUCGGUGAGCAAGAUAAUCGGUAGAAUAUGUCGGAGUAGCCGCGUUUGCCUUCAGGGGUCGGCUUUUUGUCGUUGCUUCUUUUAGUAAACACCACAAUGACUUACGAAACUUUUUUCGGACACUGGCAGACCUGUGCAUGUCCGCUGUUUGUUCUGUUAUCGCUUACGGCAAAAUUAGCGCGAUAUAUAAUUAAUCAAUCUAUUUGGACUUUACAUAGGAGCGUUUUCUCUUAGCUUUCUCAAUGAAAAGGAUGGAUUUUACAGGCGCUGAUCAAUAUAUUUGUUUAAGUAUGCACGCAAGAUGAAGGAAAGUCAACACAACGCGUUUCACCUUCUUUAGAUCAAUUAGAUUUCUGUGUGUAUUCAUUUAGGGGUGGUAAGAUGGCUUAUUUGCAACGUGAAGGAGAGGGGGUUGUCUGGACUUAGGCAAUUACGCGAAGCCGGCAUCAUUUUAUAACUUUGCCUAAAGGCAAUCUCCAAGAACUAAUAAAUUCGCAACUAUUAUAUUGGGCCAGCAGAGCGAGCGAUUCGCCCUGCCGCAGAAAUAACGAUAAUGGGACAAAAUAAGCAAAGAUUUAGAAAGAUUCAAUUGAAAGGGGGUUUAACGUCUACUGGUCAGAAUGCAGAAAACAAAGGUUGCAUUUGACAGUCUGUGAAUAAAACGAUUAAUGGAUGAAAA